CGUCGUUCCGGUACUCCGCCCGCCAACUUCCGGUGGAGGUGGGCGCGCGUUGCCUAACGACGUUAGGCGCGGACUGUGGGCUGGCGGCGGCGGCGUGUGGAUGGAGGCUUUGGCCCCCGGCCGGGCGCUGCGGGGCAGGCGGCGGACCCGGGCCGCCGGCUCCCCGGUCUCUCGGGCCGCCGUUCUCCUCUUUCUUUCCGCCUUCCUCGUGCGUGUGCCCGCAUCAGUUGGAUAUUUGGUUCGAUUACCAAGAGGUUUUCGCUUGACCAAAGAUUCAGUGAAAAUAGUGGGAUCAACAGAUUUUCCAGUGAAAGUAUAUGUCAUGCUCCAUCAGAAAAGUCCACAUGUGUUAUGUAUAACGCAACAACUGCGAAAUGCUGAACUGAUAGACCCAUCGUUCCAGUGGCAUGGGCCGAAAGGAAAAGUUGUCUCAGAAAACAGCACUACACAAAUAACAUCCACAGGAAGCCUUGUAUUCCAAAAUUUUCAGGAGCGUAUGAGUGGAAUUUAUACAUGUUUCCUUGAAUAUAAACCUACUGUGGAAGAAACUGUUAAACGCCUUUACCUAAAAUAUCUUAUAUAUGCUUAUCGUGAGCCUCAUUAUUAUUAUCAGUUCACAGCUCGAUAUCAUGCAGCUCCAUGCAAUAGUAUUUAUAAUAUUUCUUUUGAGAAGAAACUUCUUCAGAUUUUAAGCAAACUGGUUCUUGACCUUUCAUGUGAAAUUUCCUUACUUAAGUCUGAAUGCCAUCAUGUUAAAAUGCAAAAAGCUGGUUUGCAAAAUGAAUUGUUCUUUACAUUUUCAGUUGCCCAAGAACAUUUGUUGAAGAGACUAUUCUUUUCCAGAUUGAAUUGUCUUGGCACCCUUAUUGAAGUUUCAUCUCUAGACACUGAAAAAGGACCCAAGCCAUGUACAGACCAUAACUGUGAAUCUUCCAGAAGACUAGCUAAGGCUAAAAAUCUCAUAGAGAGAUUUUUUAAUCAACAAGUAGAAGUUCUUGGCAGACGUGCAGAGCCAUUGCCUGCAAUAUACUAUAUUGAAGGCACUCUCCAAAUGGUUUGGAUUAAUCGCUGCUUUCCAGGGUAUGGAAUGAAUGACCUGCAACAUCCAAAAUGUCCUGAGUGCUGUGUGAUCUGCAGCCCUGGAUCAUAUAACCCCCGUGAUGGAAUUCAUUGCCUUCGAUGCAAUAGCAGUCUGGUGUAUGGAGCAAAAGUAUGCUCAUAAGCCAUUAUCUUGAGUUAUUCAGUGGUUUAUUAAAUGCAAAGUAUAUAUUUGAAAUAUUAACAUAUAAUAAAUCAUUAUUAUGCCAAAAUUAAAUAUAUCAUAUUUUACAGAAAA